AUGUCUGCAGAUGGAUUUCCUCUCACCUCAUCCACCCUGGGAUUCCAUAAUGAACCAGAAAACCCUAACCCUAAUCAGAAGCAGCAGCCAGCAUCAGCCAGGAAGACCAGGAAGCUCCCCGGAACUCCAGGCAAUUACUCUUCAUACCUCUCUCUUCUUUCCGUUGGCAUAGGUUUAUUUGUUUUAUUUGCUUAUUUUGAUAUCAGUCUCUGGGUCUCUCGCGUGAAUACAGAUCCGGAUGCGGAGGUGAUCGCGCUGUCGCCGAAGACGCUGAUGGCGACGAACCGCUUCAUCUGCGAGAUAUGCAACAAAGGGUUCCAGAGGGACCAGAACCUGCAGCUGCACCGGCGGGGCCACAAUUUGCCAUGGAAACUGAAGCAGCGGACGGGCAAGGAGGUGGUGCGGAAGAAGGUCUACGUGUGCCCAGAGAAAACUUGCGUUCAUCAUGACCCCUCGCGGGCCCUCGGUGAUCUCACCGGGAUUAAGAAGCACUACAGCCGCAAACACGGCGAGAAGAAGUGGAAGUGCGACAAGUGCUCCAAGAAGUACGCCGUCCAGUCAGACUGGAAGGCCCACAUCAAGAUCUGCGGUACCCGCGAAUACAAGUGCGACUGCGGCACCCUCUUCUCCAGGUUCUCUCCUCUUACCUUAAUGAAGCGUCGGAUAUGCUACAACAGUCUUAUGUCAUCUGAUAUAGUGAUCUAAAUUAGAUUGCCAUAGAGUCACGAAAUAUGUUGUGAUAUUUCGUCAGUUCGUGCAUUUUACAUUUCUUCCUCUUUAUCUUCUUCUCCCCCACAACCUAAGACCCUCCUGAACUGGCUUCUGCAGGAAGGACAGCUUCAUUACCCACAGAGCCUUCUGCGAUGCAUUGACCGAGGAGAGUGCAAGGCUUUCUUCCACCGCAGCUGCCGCCGCCAGUGGUCUAUCCUUCAAGAGAAAUGGGCUCAACCAAGGGCAUGAUAUUCUCGACGAGGGGAACCCCCAGCUCCACUCUAUCUACAGACCCUCCUAUACACAUACUGCAGCUUCUCAAGAUGGUCUUCUUCUCGAUCGCCACCGGAUCAAUCUCUCACUCUGGUUGGAUAACAAGGGAGGAUCCAGUCCUCACCUCAACCCGGCGAUGGAGAUGACGCCCGCCGCUGAAUACUUAGCGGCGAGCUCCAUGGGGUUUCCGGAGCUGUUGCAGAUGGCCACUGACGGCUCCCCAUUUGGUUCGUCACAAGUGGUGAAUUAUGAAGUGUGCCCCCUGCCGCAGCAGACCAACGCCAGCCUCUCCCUAUCGAAUUCCUCUAUCUACGGCUUGGCGGAGGAGGAGAGGAAGACGCAUGUGGGAGAGAACCCUCCGUCCUUCUUCUCCUGCAAUAUGACUUCCCGGCAAGAUAGCGCCGCCCACAUGUCGGCUACCGCAUUGUUGCAGAAGGCAGCUCAAAUGGGUGCAAGCACGAACCACCACUCUUCGUCAUCAGCGUCGUCCUCUAGUUCAUCCUUCCUAAGUGGGUUUGGCGGGCUAAUGAGCUCGGCCAAGGGCAUUCAUCCUCCAAUGGAGAACAAGAGCGAGUUCCAGCUGUUCAAUCAGAAUCAGCCAGGAAGCUUCCAUCAAGAUUUUCUGCUGAGCACUUUGCCCCCCGCAUCGUCCAACUCGGGUGGCGUCAUGAUGACGAUGAUGCCGGCCGCUGGCCAUGAGCGACAACAACUAGCAUCUUCAAAGAUGGGAAGCUGGCCACAAGAAGUUGGACGCGGUCUAACCAGAGACUUCCUGGGAGUGGGGGGAGACGAGACGGGACGCCCUUUCCUCCAACAGGAGCUCGCCAAGUUCGCUUCGAUGGAUCCGGGAAUGCACCUGAUGAGCGCCUCCUACAACAGCUUACACUAA